UUGUACGUUUGCGUUGUAGUUUUGUCCAUGCGCCACUGGGCGAGUCUCCGCUUCUACCGCCUGCUCUGCUGAUCUGUAGCCCUCUUUUUCCUCGCAAAAGGAGGGUAAGAGAAUUGGGUUCGGGUGGAGGGCCGCCAUUAUUGGGAAGCUGAGAACCACUUUCACACAUACGCAGCCUUUCACUUUAACUGCACGUUUUAUGCAGCAGAUGCUCGUGUUAUCUGACAACGAAGCCAAACUGAUAACUGUCAAGCCAGGCCUUUGUGCAGAGCGCGUAUGUGAUUUUUAUCAGCGUAUUAUGGACACAACAAAGGACAUUAUAAUUGGUCAAAAGCAACGUGGUAAGGCCGGAGGAAGGUAGUGAAACAGGCUCAUGUCUCUACGCCCAGAUUUUCUCUCUACACGGGAGAAAAUGAAUGCAUUGCUGCCAGAAGAGUCCGAUGUUUUUUCUUCCUUUUUUUAAGCAAUCGCAUGGAACGAACGUAGCCUAGGCUGUAACUGGGAAACAACCAUCGACUACAUGACAAUUUUAAUUUAUGCUUGACAAGCAGACAUAACGGGAGGCACGUAUUUGUUCUUGGUUGGCUUUUUAACCCAUCAACAUUCGAUUUGACCAGAAAACGUUCAUACCGGCAGAAAAUGCCGUCACCACAGUCCUAAAAAGGGGAGAUUGGAGGAAAAGGUGAAUGCAAUGGGUGUGAUGUGACCUAGCCAGGUUUACCUGACAGCACCACCCCAGUGCACCCUGCAGAAGGAGAUGGAUUAUACUGACAUUUAAUUUCUCACUUGGUGAAACCCGCCCUCUAGCCCUCUCUUCUCCGCUCUGCUCUGCUCUGCUGUGAGUCCCUUCGCCAUCUCCAUUUCCUCUUGAAUAUGGGCAAAAAGCACGCAGCCCCAGUGUCCUCAAAUUAAGUCAAGACUCCCACCUCAGGACCAAGGCCAAGCCUGGGGCCAAUGUAACUUGAUCAAGAGUGCUACUUGUAUGAACACUGUAUGGGCACCUGUCAUAGUGUCCUCCAUUGUCAAGCUUCGGGGCAAGGCAGGAUGUUUUCCUGCAAACGAUGAUGAUGGCGAAGAAGCAAGAUGCCCGCGUACCCAUCUACACCCUUGUGGUGGUGGGUCUGUCUGGGACUGAGAAAGAGAAAGGUCAGUGUGGGGUGGGCAAGUCCUGCCUGUGCAACCGAUUUGUCCGUCCCAGUGCGGACGACUUCCACCUGGACCACACUUCUGUCUUGAGCACCAGCGAUUUCGGCGGCAGGGUCGUUAACAAUGACCACUUCCUGUUCUGGGGUGAGGUGGGACGCGUGCUGGAGGAGGGCUCCGAGUGCAGGAUGCAUGUGGUUGAGCAGACGGAGUUCAUUGACGACCAGACGUUCCAGCCGCAUCGGAGCACCGCCCUGCAGCCGUACAUCAAGCGAGCUGCCUCCACCAAGCUCGCCUCUGCUGAGAAACUCAUGUAUUUCUGCACCGAUCAGCUGGGACUCGAGCAGGACUUUGAACAGAAGCAGAUGCCGGAGGGGAAACUGCAGGUCGACGGCUUCCUGCUCUGUGUGGACGUGAGCCGUGGGAUGAAUCGCAACUUUGACGACCAGAUGAAAUUUGUAACAAACUUGUUCAACCACCUGGGAAAAACGAAAAAGCCCAUCGUGCUGGUUCUAACUAAAUGUGACGAGGGCGUUGAGCGCUAUAUCAAAGACUCUCACACCUUUGCUAUUACUAAAAAAAACUUGCCAGUUGUGGAGACAUCAGCUCGUUCUAAUGUCAAUGUUGAUCUAGCUUUCCUCACUCUAAUCCAGCUCAUUGAUAAAAGCAAGGGCAAACCCAAGAUCAUCCCUUAUUUUGAGGCACUUAAGCAUCAGAGCCAGCUCAUUGCCUCUGCUAAGGACCGUUAUGAAUGGUUAGUCAAUCACAUUGUGAAGAAUCACAAUGAAACCUGGCCAAACAUCAGCCGACGCAUGCAAACAUCACCUGAGUACAAGGAAUAUGUGUUUUUGGAAGGUACAGCCAAAGCUAAAAAGCUCUUCCAGCAGCACACACAUCGACUCAAACAAGAGCAUACAGAGAGACGCCGCAAGGGAUACCUUAGCACUUUGCCUCUCGCUCUUAGCUCCUUAGUGUCCGAGCUGGACGAAAUUGAGCAUUUAAGCUGGUCAGGUGUGCAGAAGGUUCUAGAAUCUAAGAAAGAGUUUGACCACUGGUUUGUGGUGCUUGAAGAUGCACCCUGGGAAGACACACCACACCUCGACAACAUGGAGGACGAGCGGAUACCAUUUGACGUGUUGGACACGACAGCUGCCGAGAUCAUAUUUGAUGCUCACCUUGAGCACCUGCGCAACGAAUGCAAGCGGGCAGAAAUCCGGAAGGAGUUUAAAGCCAAGUUGAUGUCCUCUCCGUUCGUAACGCCUGGGAAGCCCUGGGAGGAGGCUCGCAGCUUCAUCAUGAAUGAAGACUUCUACCAGUGGCUGGAGGAGCCGGAGUAUCUGGACAUCUACAACAGGCAUCAAAAGGCGAUCAUAGAUAAGGCGAAAGAGGAUUUCCAGGAGCUUCUGCUGGAGUACUCAGAGCUGUUCUAUGAACUGGAAGUGGAUGCGAAACCAAGCAAAGAGAAGAUGGGUGCCAUUCAAGAAGUUCUUGGAGAGGAGCAGCGUUUCAAGGCCUUGCAGAAGCUGCAGGCAGAAAGGGAUGCACUGGUGUUGAAACACAUCCAUUUUGUCUAUCACCCAACGAAGGAGACCUGCCCUAGCUGUCCCAACUGUGUUGACAGCAGAAUUGAACAAACACUGGCCUCGUGUUUCCCAGCUCGUUAUCCAUCUUAUACUAAAAUGCACCUGAGUGAAAGCAAGGCAGACAGAAUAAAUUUAGUGAUCCUAGGCAAAGAUGGUCUGGCCAGAGAAAUGGCCAAUGAGAUUCGCGCGUUGUGUAGCAACGAUGAUAGGUAUGUGUUAGAUGGCAAGAUGUAUGAACUGGUGUUGCGACCUAUCGAAGGAAACGUUAGACUGCCUGUUAACUCUUUCCACACAUCAACAUUCACCCCUCAUGGCUGCUUGUGUUUGUAUAACUCAAAAGAGUCCUUGACUUAUGUUGUAGAAAGUCUUGACAAAUUGCGAGAAUCGACUCUUGGCCGCAGGGAUAACCACUUAUCUCAGCUACCCUUGUCUGUUCUGCUGGUAACCAAAAGAGGUGUUGGCACAUUUGGCGAUAUUGGUGCUGAGACCGCCCAAACACUAGUAGCACAGGGACAGCAGGUCGCAGGAAAACUACAAUGCAGCUUCUUGGAUCCAGCAUCUCCUGGCACAGGUUAUGGGCGCAACGCCAACGAGCGGCAGAUCAACCAAGUGUUGAAGACCCUCCUCGAUGGCAGGAGGAGUGCAGGUUUUCGUAGCAGUUCCCCUCCUCUGCCUCCUCUGCCUCCUACCAUUAGAGACCUACAGCCUGAGCCUAGCCCUGAGGCAGAUUUCCGCAUCAUCAUGUGCCUAAUGUGUGGUGACCCGUACGACGUUGACCAGCUCCUCUCGCCUUUCCUGCUGCCGCAACACUGUAGGCCGACCUCCAACCUUGCCAGUGACACAUCUGUGCUUCUUGAGCAGACGGUGGGGGGUCACCGGCAGACGAUCGAGCUCUCUCUCCUGUCCUACCACGCCACCUUCUCAAUGCGCAAGACCAAGCUGGUGCAUGGCUAUGUCGCCGUGUACUCCGCUCGGCGCAAGGCCUCCCUCGAGACCCUGUGUGCCUUCCUGUGUGAAGUACAGGACAUUAUCCCUGUUCAGCUGCUGGCGGUAGGAGAGAGCCAGGCGGAGCUGACCGACUCCGAAUCUGCCCGCGAGCUUCUAAAUCAGGGCGAAGAGCUGGCCCAUGAAAUCGAGGGGCGUUUCACCAGGAUAGUUUGUGGUGGAGGUGGGGUUAUAGGUGGGCUUCACAGGUUAGACCUCCUCCAGCCUUUCUUCAUGGAGGUCAUGGAGAAGCGCUCUGUGGUCGAGGCCACGCAUAUGUACGAGAGUGCUCCUGAGGCGGCCAACACCAACGAGAAUGUCUACUCCCCCCGCUGUGGGUCCCCCAGCCCUGUCACCAUGCUACUGGACUCAGAGGAGGAUAUGGAGGCCUCGCCACCCUACCAUGACGGCACACUGACCUCACACGGGGGCUUUAAGAUGCCAGAUCUGGACUCGGGCGAUGCAUUCUCGGUCAUCUCGGACCUCAGUACGUUCGAGAGCAAGCUCAACAACAAGGUGGCUCUCCAAGUGCGCCCGAAACCCAGUGUCACGUUUGACCUGCGGAAAAGUUUCAACCCGUACAUGGACCCGAUGACCCACCGGCGCUCGCUCACGUCCUCGGUGAACUGGCCGCCCGGCGGAGAGGGGGUUUACGACCCCUCUGACUAUGCCGAGCCCAUGGAUGCCGUAUCAAAGCCUCGUCCGAGCCACGAGGAGAAUAUCUACUCCGUACCGCACGACAGCACACAGGGGAAGAUCAUCACCAUACGGAACGCCAACAAGAUGCACUCCAACGGCGGCGGCAACGGCUCGGACAGCGAGGCGGAGAGCAGCUCCUUGGAACGGCGCCGGAAGCUUUCCGCAGCCGGGGUCAAGCCUCGACUGUACCGCGAUCGAUCCAAGCGCCUGGGGAAGUUCAGCAGCUUCCGGACCAGCUUCUCCAUCGGCAGCGACGAUGAGCUGGGGGUCCUCCCCAAGACCAAAGAGGACGAGGUGGGGGCCCUGAAAGGGGAAAAUUCGCUGAAUGAAGAAGGGGAAGAUCCCAAGAAGAGGAACAUCCUACGAAGCCUGCGCAGGCCUGGAAAGAAACCAAGACCAAAGCCUCGGCAGUCAAUUACAAAGCCAAUCGAGAGCAACUACUUUGGGGUGCCUUUAGUGAAUGUUGUGUCCCCUGACAGGCCUAUACCACUGUUCAUUGACAAAUGUAUCCGGUACAUUGAGGCAACAGGCCUGACCACAGAGGGUCUCUAUCGGGUGAGCGGGAACAAAGCUGAGAUGGAGAGCAUGCAGAGACAGUUUGAACAAGAUCACGGUCUGGACCUGGUGGAGAAGGACUUCACUGUGAACACGGUGGCUGGAGCACUGAAGGCCUUUUUCUCUGAGCUGCCUGAUCCUCUGCUCCCCUACAGCCUACAGACCGAGCUGGUGGAGGCCUUCAAAAUCAAUGAUCGAGAGCAGAGGCUCCACACCAUGAAGGAUGUGCUGCGGAGGUUUCCACGUGAGAACUACGACGUCUUCAGACACGUCAUGAGCCACUUAAACAAGGUGAGUCAGUGGAACCGUGUGAACCUGAUGACCAGUGAGAACCUGGCCAUCUGUUUCUGGCCCACGCUCAUGCGGCCCGACUUCACCACCAUGGACGCGCUGACCGCCACGCGCACCUACCAGACAAUCAUCGAGAACUUCAUCCACCAGUGUGCGUUCUUCUUCUACAACCAGCCGCCGGCCGACUCGCCCACCGGCCCCUUCGGGCCCCCGGGGCCCAUGGUGCCUUGCGGUCUGCCCCCGUCGCCCUCCGCAGCGCCUCCCUGUGGCCCUCCUACGCACCACUACAUGCCCCUGCUGCAGUCUCCGCCACACUCGCCCCCGCAGAGCCCCCACCCGACCCCGCCCGAGCCACAGACGCUGUGAGAGACAAACGCACACACGCACACACACACACACACACACAUUCAGACAUACACACACAUACACAAACACAUUCACACAUACACACACAAACACACACACUCUCACAUUCAUACACACGCAAACAGACACACACACAAAAGCAUUCUAUUAGCACUCAAGCUCUUGAGCAUUUGAUGCCUAGAAGCUGCACUUACAGCCACAUUCAGAUUGCUCCCAUGAACAAAAUACAUACAUGCCAACACACACACACACACACACACACACACACACCCUUAGACACUGUACAUGGUCCUGCCAACCACACGCUAAUGUUCAUUUGCUCUGACGCAUGUUAUGUGUGUGUAUGAGACAGAGAGCAGUGUUGUUAUGGUCUUAACUACUGUUGUUGGGAGUUAGUGUAUGAUUGUAGUCAUACGCACAUUGCACAUAGUAAAACUCUACACUUCAAAAAGUGCUGUACACUAUUGGAAUACGAGAGACUUAGCUGCUCACUUCCAACCUGAUCUCCUGAUCUCUGAUAUGAUGCUAGUUGGGAUGUCAAUGGCAGCACUACUUGGCUGGAGUUGAGCUCUGUCAGAGCAGGAGUCGGUACUAAAGCUCUGUUCUAGAGGCUCGUAGAGGGCAUCUGGGGUGGUAGUGCCCUAGACCCAUGAGUUUUCAUUUUAAAUGAAGUCUUUCCUUAUCACCCACCACCCCACCCUGCCACAUGCACACACACACAAACACAUACACACACGCACAAACACAUGCCCGUGCACAUGCGCACACAUACAUACAGUACAUACACACACUGAAUUUUCACUUAGGGAUGUGUGAAGCACUUAGGACAUUUUCCGACCCCCAUUCCCUCGCAUCCAUUCCGUAAACGCUAGCCCUCACCACGAGAAAGUGAAGUGUCAUGGACGAAGAAGAACAAAGUAAAUAAUAAAAAAAAAGAAACACAACCUGCUGAAUGCCUUUCGUCAGAGGGUGUCUCUUUCGUUUUCACUUCUCUGUUUCUCUGUGGAUGGCUCAACGAUUCCCUCAAAGAAAUUAAUCCAAUCACCGUCCACCGAGGGCCAGCCACCAGACUAACCACUUAACUUGACUUUGAGAAAAAACGAUUCCUAUGUGUUAGCUCCCAUGACCCCGUUUUUCCCUGUGGUAUGUAUGUCUGCUACAAAAGCCCCGCCACCUAAACCUGCAGAGCUUCAAGGAUUGCAAUGUGUCUGGGCUUCAAGGAUUGCAAUGUGUCUGGACUGCAUUGGACUGGAUUGAGCUGAGCCUGUGUGGAGGGCAAAGGGGGGAAGGUCGCUUCAUGAAGACUUCUUCAUUGUGUUUGUCCCUGAUUCUCUCGACCUGACCCCUGCUCAAUGUCAGUCAAGCAUCACUCUAUCUCUCACUCUCUUUCUGGGAGCCUCCACUUCCUCUGGAAUGCUGGGAUGUCUAUGGAUUCUCAGGUUGUCAUGGUUUUGGGGAAGGGGGGGGGGUUGUGGUGG